AUGCCUUCCUUCCAUGGCAACCAUCCUGGCUGGCAGGGAGGUCGAUACCGGCCUCUUCCAGAUGGGACACAGACGUCAAUCGUUAUAAACAUCAACGAUGGCGGGUCGACGAGUCGCGGGUUUCUUAUCGGUAUAUUGUCUGCUUUUGGUUCAGCUGGCGUUGCAGUUCUGGUCCUUGCCAUCUUCUUUUUCUUUAAAUAUACGAGUCGAGGUCGCAUUCUGCUGGAUCGGAUAGGCCGUCCUGGCGAAUUUGACGAUGAACAAGCUUUUGCGCACGAAGAAGCGGAAGCGUUGGAGUCGAUGGAUGAGUUGCAAAGGACUGAGUAUCUCAGAGCCAAAGCAUUCACUCAGGCGAAUCCUCCCGAAUCUGUACAGACCGAUAUAUCCCUAUCGCAGUUUCUUGCCAUCCAAGAGAAAGGUGUCUCAGCUUGGGAAUUUGAACCCGAGCUCGAAAUCGCCAAUUGCUUUGUUGAGGCCAGGACCGAAAUUGAGUUUUUUGAUUCCGAGUGUAGCGUUCAAAGCAAUCUGCCAGUUCCAAAACAAAAUGAGGUGUAUUAUUGGGAGGCUAAGAUAUAUGAUAAACCCGAGUCCAGUCUGAUCAGCAUUGGGAUGACUACAAAACCAUAUCCUCUGUUCCGACUACCUGGCUACCAUAAGACCUCUGUCGCAUAUGUUUCUUCAGGACAUCGCAGGUAUAACCAGCCAUUCACUCCGACACUUUACGGGCCGGCCUAUGUGCAAGGCGACGUGAUUGGAGUAGGCUACCGUCCGAGAACUGGGAGCAUCUUCUUCACCAGAAAUGGGAAGAAAUUGGAUGAGAUCGCACACAAUCUGAAGAGUCAGAACUUCUUCCCCACGAUUGGCGCCAAUGGCCCCUGCACGGUGCAUGUCAACUUUGGUCAGAUGGGAUUUGUUUUCAUCGAAGCCAAUGUCAAGAAAUGGGGUCUGGCCCCUAUGACUGGAAGUCUUGCGCCGCCUCCUCCGUAUGGCAGUGAGCAAGGUAGCAUACUUCUUGAGACGGGGAGGGAAGGCGCCAGGCAGUCGGCAUAUGAGCCAGGCCAUUCAAGAACACGAAGUGGUCUCGCUCGGAUCACAGGAUUCCCUGGCAGUAGUCCAGGGCCUAUUCGAUCACCUACCGACAUAUCGUUGGCGCAAUUGGCCCAUAUAUCCACACAGGAUCUACCAAGCCAGGGCAACAUGGAAGCGGGGGAUAUCCAACAUCAACCAGUGGAGAAUACACCACAAGGUCAACAGAUUAUACCCCCACCAGAAUAUAGCAGUCCUCCAAGCAGUCGACGAAGUAGUGGUGGAGGUGAUGAUGAAGAGCGGAGAGGGCUGCUGGACGAUCGAGCAGGCCAGCCUCCUAUUCCUACGUAUGAUGCUGCUGUUAGCGAGGCGGCGGGACCUAGCCAUACCUCAUGA